AUGGAGCAUCUUCCUAUGCCAAUCGUCUUGUCUAUUGUAGCGUUCGCCGUGCGCGACUACAGCAAAGAAACCCAUAAAUAUGCUCUAUCAAGUCUUAAGCCGCUUGCGCUGGUAUGCAGGUCGUGGCACAUCCUCGUUCGCGAGAUUGUGGCCCGCUAUCAAUGCUCUACUUUAACACUAAAGUUCUACUCAGGUUCAUUUUCGGAAUAUAUGACACAACGUCGUCGAGUUACCGAGAGAGGUCCUCAAAUUAAGGAGUUGAACAUUCGGAUGGGGGAAGCACCGGCACGGGGAUUAGGAAUGACAUUUUUGUCGACUUGGAAGCAAAAAGAUAUUCGAAUCGAUUGGGACGUAAUAUUUUUUCGACUUCCCGCAUUACGAAGAUUGGAUCUGUCUGGUGUGCAAUUAUUUAGUGGACAAGUGGAGCAGAUUCUCACAUCUGCAGCGAAGUACUGCAAAAAUGUUGUCACAUUAGUGCUGGCCACGGUUGAUGAAACGCUGCAAGAUCGAGUGAACUUUGAAUCAAUUUUUAGCGCAUUGUACAAGGCACUCCAAAUCUGGUAUUUUGAAGGUACUUGCAGGGGCUUAAAACGAUUGACAGUUCCGAUACUUGAUGAGAACAACCGGUUAGAAGCUUAUCGCAGGCAUUUUGACAACAUAAUCAAAUUUUGUCCCGAACUUAAGUAUCUGGAUGGAUACAAAAAAACUCUGUGUGAAAUAUACCAGUUGACGUGCCGCGAUAAUUGGUCGAUUUCAGUGGACCAGUGGGAGGAGUUUAAUGCCACGUGUUCGCAGUUGCGGGAAUUUCAUUGGAUAGUAGUUCCGUUUGCUGAUCAGUUUUUCAAAGUAUUUGGCGAGCACAUCAAGCCUCACCUGAAGAAACUCACUUUUGCUGUAAAUAUGACGUGCAAUUGGGAGGAGUAUUCAAACUCGCUGGAAAUAGCUGGUGAGACAGAGGCAUUUUUGGCCUUGCAAAGCUUCUCGCAACCACCAGGGUAUGGAAGGAAAGCGAUUGCUGUAAGCAGUGCCUUAAAAGGGUGUCCGUCGCUAAACGACUUGUCAGUUGAGCUGUAUCAUCCCGUUAAUGAAGGUGCUGUAAGUGACGAUAAUCCACUUGAGCUUUUAGAUUAUGAGGGUUGUAACAUUGACAUAUAUGACGACAACUUCUGCGAAACUCUUGCAAAACACUGUCCAUGGGUGACAAAGUUUGUUAUCCGGGAAGUUUUGGAGAAUCCCGAUACCCAAUUUACACCAAUUCGAACGUUUACAGAUAAGGGACUUGUCGCACUCGCCAAAUUAAAAUACUUGACGUCUUUGGAGCUACGCACAAUUAAUUGCACUGGUAAAGGCCUUUUCGACUUUCUUGAUAGAUUAUCCGAUGAAUUUUUGGGACAGCGAACACUUCAAAUCUGUCUCGGUGGUCAUCACAGUGAAUAUCAACUCGCAUUCUAUCACGCCAUGAUAGAAGUUUUGACGCAACUAGAAAGGAGAAGUCCAACAGAACUUGAGUGGAGACGUCACAAAUUUGUUUUGCGUUUGAUAAAUUCCAAUUUUGACUCUAUCCGACCAGACUGGAGCGAGCAAUUCUUUGUUAAAUUGACAUGUGUGGUUGAACGCGUACAAAAAAUUCACCCAACAUUGCGACUUCGAAUUGCGAUUAUUGGACGUCAAGGCAGUACAUUUAAGAAAAUCAGUGAAUUUGGGCUGUACACGUCUGAUGCCAAGCCGAGUUUGUGGUUUGACUGGCAUGAAGAUGAAGCCGAUGACUCUCCAUUUUUUAAUCGUCGAAAAUUACUUGAUGAAUCAAUUCCAUUCGACUACCCUGAGGACUAUUAUCAUGAUCCGUAUAGUGGAUACGAAGAUUUUCAGGACUACUAUAUUUUAAUCUAUGUUUGA